ACAGAACUUAACUGUCGUCGACAAAGAGAGCCACAAUCAUGAAGAUCGUUUUAGUAAUUGCUGUUUGUGUCGGUAUUGCAGUCUCUGAAGAUUGCCAAACACUUUCCGACUGUAGCCACGUGACCUGCCCAGAACGUGACUACGAGCUAACAUGCGACAAAACAGUAUGCAGCUGCGUGCAAACCACGCAGCACUCGUGUAUAGCGAUUACGGACUGCCAAAAUUCUGCUCCUGGUACUAACAAUUAUUGUGACCGAGAUUUUCAUUGCGUUGACGGCACGUGCAGAUGUGGUCACGGGUUUGGACCUGCUCCAGGCGGCGGUCAUGCACCAGGCGGCGGCCACCCACCAGUCGGCAAAUAAAAUAUUUAUUAAUGUGUACACCGUGAUGUGAUU